AUGGCAGAAGCAGCCCUUUUCAGCAUUGCAGGUCAAAUAAUUUCGAAGCUUGCCUCUCCGAUAAUUCAACAAGCUAGUCUGUUGUGGGGUGUCCAAGAUGAAAUUGAGAAUCUCAAAAUAACAGUUUCAACAAUUCAGGCUGUGCUUCUUGAUGCGGAGAAGAAAUCGUCGGAAAGCAAUCAAGUUAAAAACUGGGUGAAUUUACUUAGAGACGCAUUUUAUGAUGCGGAUGAUUUGGUUGAUGAGUUUUCCACAAUGGCUUUGCAUGAGCAAGUUAUGAGUGGCAAUCGAAUGUUAAAGAAGGUACGGAUUUUCUUUUCAAGCUCAAACCAAUUUACUUACGCUCGUAAAAUGGCUUACAAAAUCAAAAAGAUGAAAUCCAAGUUAGAUGCAAUUGCUGCAAAUAAGAACUUUCACUUAAAUGAGUGUCGUCGUGAGGAGAGUUAUGUUAGCUCUGUAGAAAGAGAGAGUCAUUCAUCUUUGCCCGAAGUAGUUAUCGGCAGAGUAGAUGAUAAGAAUGCGAUUAUCCAAUCUUUGUUGCAUUCUAAUGAUCAUAACAAGAAUGUUCGUACCAUUUCAAUAGUAGGACUUGGUGGCGUAGGAAAGACAUUGUUAGCUCAACUUGUAUGGAACGAUGAGACAGUGAAAUCACAUUUUGAGUUAAAAUUAUGGGUUCACGUAUCGGAUAAUUUUGAUGUGAAACUAAUAGUUGAAAAGAUGUUAGAAUGUGUUUUAGGUGAUAAACCUAAAGACCUAGGAAUGAACAAUAUGAAAAAUCUACUUCACGAAAGAAUAAACGGGAAAAGAUAUUUAAUUGUGUUUGAUGAUGUAUGGAACGAGAGUUUGGAGAAAUGGAUUAGAUUGAGGGAUUUAUUAGUUGGCGGUGCUAGAGGGAGUCGAAUGAUCGUAACCACUCGCCUUAGGCAUGCUGCAGAAAUCGUAGGUUCGGAGUUAGUUCACGAACUGCAAGGUCUAAGUGAUAAUGAGUCGUGGUCGUUGUUCAAAAAAAUGUGUUUCGGACAAGAGGAUGUUGUGAGUCUAGAGCACGAGAAAGUUGGGAAAGAGAUUGUAGCAAAGUGUGUAGGAGUUCCUUUAGCCAUUAGGGCAUUAGGAGGACUUUUACGGUCUAAAAGCUUAUCAGAUUGGUUGAUAAUUAAAGAUAAAGAACUAUCAAAAAUAAACGGAAUCGAUACAAGUGGUAUUUUAGCAAUUCUGAAGCUGAGUUAUGAUCAUCUUCCUUCGCAUUUGAAACAUUGUUUUGCUUAUUGUCGAUUAUUUCCGAAAGGCGACAAAAUUUAUGCACCCUAUUUAUUGAACCUUUGGAUGGCUCAAGGAUAUAUCAAACUAACAGAUUCCAAAGAAUACUAUGAGAAUGUAGGUAAUGAAUAUUUCAAGGAACUAAUGUGGAGAUCCUUCUUUCAAGAAGUAACCGAGGAUUCAUUUGGUGAUAUAGAAUUUUGCAGAAUGCAUGAUUUGAUGUACGAUCUUGCUGUUUUAGUAGCUGGGGACGAGACUUGUCGAUUGAAUUUGAAUCAAGUUUUAGCAUCUAAAGGAGGAUGUCGACAUAUGUGGGCUGAUCUUGAGGAGAGUUCAUUUAAGCAAGUGUUACAAACGUUGUCUACUGUUAGAAAGUUGCGGUCAUUUAUUACAAUAAACACUGAAGAAGCUAAAGAAGGAACGCUCCAUGCAAUGUUUUCCAAGCUAAAAUGUGUAAGAGCAUUGGUUGUAACAAGUUUGGAGAUCAAUCGGAUUCCACAUUCCAUUGGAGAAAUGAGGCAUUUAAGAUAUCUCGAUCUUUCGAGCAAUAAAAAAAUCGAGAUCCUCCCUGAUUCAAUAACGAAACUGCACAAUCUUCAAGUACUAAAUCUAGAAAAAUGUAGAAAACUAAAGCAGCUGCCCGCAGAUUUCCAACAAUUGAUAAAUCUCAGGCAUCUUCAACUCUGGGGAUGUGUUAGUUUGACUCAUAUGCCAAGCAAAAUGAGUCAACUCAGUUUUCUACAGUAUUUAUCAACAUUUAUAGUGGCUAAAGAUAAUAUUAAUGGCAGUAGGCUCGGUGAAUUAGGAAAGUUGAACAACUUGAGGAAAAGGUUGCAUAUCUUGAAUUUGAAAUAUGUGCAAAAUCCGACUGUUGAAUUUAACGCAGCCAGUCUACAAAUGAAGCAACACCUUCAUUUGGUGAGAUUAGCAUGGAAAUUGGGCGGUUCAUAUGACGAUAACAUCCAUGAAAGUAGCGGCUCCGAUGAAGCAAUAUUGUCAAUAGAAGAGCUACGGCCACACGUGAAUCUAAAAUGGAUAGAAGUGUUUGGGAAUGGAAGGAUCCAGUUUCCGAGUUGGGUUUCUUCACUCACUAAGUUGGUGAGAAUUACGAUCAACGAUUGCAGAAGAUGCCAUCGUUUCCCACCAUUACAUCAUUUUCCUUAUCUUCAGCAAUUAUUUUUGAAAAAGCUAGACGAUCUAGAGUUUAUAGAGACGGGGAACUAUGAGUCAUUAUUCUUCCCUUCUUUAGAGACACUCUGCCUUAGUGAAUGCCCUAAUUUGAAGGGAUGGUGGAGAGACAGUUACCCAUCGCCUAGAUUACUACAAUUUUGUUGUUUGGAAUAUUUGGAGAUCGACUCUUGCCCUAAUCUCAUUUCAGUCCCACUCAUUCCAUCUGUCCAGAGGUUGGAACUAAGAAAUGGAAGUCUGAAAUCAUUGGAGAAUGUUCUGAAGAACAAGACUUCCUUUUCUUCUCCUUUGACCUAUCUAGGCAUUGAUGGAAUACAAGAUCUAGAAUGUUUGCCUGAGGAAUGGAUGCACAACAUUUUUACAUCCCUCAAACAACUUCACAUUAAGAGUUGCCCAAAAUUUACAACGAUGUCGAAUACAUUCCAUCAUUUAACUUCACUCGAAGGUCUUAUCGUCGAGGAAUGCGACGAGCUAGAUUUGUGCGAUGAUGUGUUUGAUAUUGGUACGGAGUUUGAGUGCCUUAAAAACCUUCGAGAGCUUCAAUUUGGGAGUCUUCCGAAAUUGGUCUCCAUUCCGGUAGGGCUUCAGUUUGUCCCUAUGUUGUCAAAAUUCUUCAUCGAAGAUUGUGGUAAUUUAGCCUAUUUACCAGAGUGGAUGGCUAAUUUGAAGGAACUACAAGUUCUAGGGAUUGAUAAUUGUCCUCUAUUGUUUCAACGACGCCCAAACAACUUGCAUACUAAUUGGUCGAAGUUUGCUCGUAUCCCAAUGGUUGUAGUUGAUGGAAGCUUGAUUGAAUUUGAAGAAUGA